AUGCCCCACGGCGCGUCUGCCAGCACCUCGCGCAAUUGGGAGCCCACGCCGGCUGCCGCCCAAGCUGAAGGCCCUCCGUCAAAGCGCGAUCUGACCUCCUGGUGGAGGCAGUUCAAACGGGGGAACGCAAAGAGGGAAGAAGAUAAGGGUACUAUCAAGUACGCGAACGUGGCCAUCUCCCUUCUCAACGAGGAAGGCCAGAGCUAUAUCUACGGCUAUGUGCCCAUCGUCGUGGCCAAGUGCGGUGUUUUCCUGAAAGAGAAAGCGGUGGACAUCGAAGGUAUCUUUCGCCUAAGCGGGUCCGAAAAGCGCAUCAAAGAGCUCAGAGAGGCUUUCAACUCACCCGACAGAUAUGGAAAAGGCCUAGACUGGACGGGCUAUACGGUUCACGAUGCUGCUAACAUCCUGCGCCGAUACUUCAACACGCUUCCUGAACCGAUCAUCCCUCUGGAGUUCUACGAGUCUUUUAGGCGGCCGCUACGCAACCACCAAGCCCAAGCUGUCGGCCAGAUCGAAGGCCAGGGCCCGUCGGAAGGAGAGUUCGAUAUUGAUGCGGCGAUCAAACGGUACCAAAAGCUCAUCACCGAGCUGCCGCCGCUCAACCGUCAACUGUUGUUGUACAUCCUCGACCUGCUGGCCGUCUUCGCGUCAAAGUCCGACUUCAACAAGAUGACGACGCCCAAUCUUGCGGCCAUCUUCCAGCCGGGCAUCCUCUCUCACCCAAGCCACGACAUGGCACCGCCGGAAUACCGUUUGAGCCAGGAUGUCUUGAUCUUCCUAAUUGAAAACCAGGACAACUUCCUUAUUGGCAUGCAGGGUACGGCGGCCGAUGCGAAAACAGUUGAAGAGGUGGAGAGCGGACCCUCGACUCCUGUCGGAAGGGCUCCUACAACGCCCAGCCGAGCCAAGACAACUAUUGGAAGUCUCAUCGAAAAGAUCCAGGGCCUCAGGGAACGUGGCGCCAAGCCCAGUCACUCCGUCUUUCACCCCCAGUUCUGGAUCCGGCGUCCACAGAAGUAA